AUGUUGCGGCAACCUGGAAUGUGGGGCCAAUGGGCCUCUCCUAUGCACGUGCCAUUUGGACAUGCACCAUACACAGGUCAAACAUUGAUCCGUCAUAGCUGCCAGAUGAUUUGCCACCCCAUGCCGCACCUGGAAAAGUCCUUUAGCCAAGCUCGACCAGACCAUGAGCGUCGGAUGGUUCUAGCCCUUCUGGCGCUGGAAGCUGCAGCCAGCGGCCGGUCGAGCAACGGCUCCAGCCGGCCGAGGCUCAAUUCAGAUCCAGCUUCAUGCAACAAAUGGCAUGGGGUGAACUAUGGGAAUCGCUUUAUACCAGAAGAUUGGAUGAGGCAUCCCUACAAUUUCUUCCAGAACGUCCGCCGAAGUGCACGACGGGUAGCUUUAUGGGAUUUGAAAGGACCAGAAGCAAAACGCAGGAUGAUGUCAUGGCUAGAUGCCACCAUCUUAGAGAGUCACUUUGCAGAGAUGAAAAGCAUGGGCGUGGAAGUGAUACGCGUCCCUUGUGGCUACUGGAACUGGGUCACUUAUGCCCAUGAUGAUGGACCAGAAGUCUCAGGAGUCUACGCCACAGGCCCCAUUCGUGAAAGCAUGAAAAACCUUCAUCGAAUCGCCUCACCGCGGGAAUAUCGGAAAUACUUUGACAGAAUCUUCGAAUUCGCAGAGCGGCAUGGAGUACAAAUAUUGCUGGAUUUGCAUGGUUUGCCAGGAUCUCAAAAUGGAGAAAUCCACAGCGGCGUUUGCAUCGAAUCCAAGGAUGAACAUUUAGGUUUCUUCCAGUGCCAGGCGAACCUUCAAAUGGCGGUUGAAGCAGUCCGCGAAAUGGCGAGAUACGCAAAGAGUAAGCGGAAUCUGUUUGGCAUCCAAGUGAUUAGCGAGCCUCACCUACACACUGAUGAAGGACAUUCAUUCUUGGAAUCUUACUAUCAGCAAGCAAUUUUGGCUGCAAGAGAGUUCCUGGAUCCUUCCGUGCCAAUCGUGCUCUUCGAAUGGACUUACGAGAUGUGCAAAUGGGACGACAAUGCCUUUCCAGAGUCGAUCUACGGCAAAGUUUGCUGGGACACCCAUCUCUACCACUUUCCAUCCUCGGGUCAGACGUGGACCUCGCAGAACAACGGCUUGGAACAAGCAAAGCAAGCGUAUUCCUGGGAUUUGCAGCAACUGCGGCAAUUUUCAAAAGCACAAGGUCGAGACAAGGUCUUCGUUUGUGAGUUCUCCCUUGCUGGGCCAAGUCUCAAUUCACCAGAGACUGUUGAAUUCGCAGAAUGGUUGGUGCAGCAAAUGGAUUUCGCUUGCGCUGGUUCUAUGCUUUGGUCGUACGACAACAGAAUCACUGCGUGGAGCCUGCAACGUCAGUGCCGCGAGUGGGGGGUGGAUUGGAAGCGCAUUUGGGCGACUCGUGACAACGCACGAGAAGGCGCAGUCGUCGGAAUUCGAGCUGCUUCUUUCGGAACGUGGCUGACUGCCAAUGACCAAGGAGCCGUAGAGGCAGAUGCUCCCGAGCACUCUUGGUGGGAAGAGUGGGUUCCAUAUCGGUACAGCGUCCAGGGCAAGGCAAAACUUGCUCUGAGAUCUGCUGCCUUUGGAACGUGGCUCAGUGUCACCAGUGAGGGUGAAGUCACACAAGCUGAGAACAGGUCUGCCUGGGAGGAGUUUUCAGUUCUUUACCAUGCAGAUCAUGAUGGUCAUCAAUGCAUCUCUCUUCAGUCCUUUCAUGGAUCUUGGCUUGCAGUGAGACGCUUCAACGGCCCAGCCAGCCGCUUGUUGCUUUCUUCAGCAUAUUCCAUCCAUGAUACCGAGGUCAACACUGCAUGGCUAGUGAACUGAGUUUCCAGCAACGCGCACGAUGAAUGGUGUGAUUUUCCCGUAUGUUAUCCCGUUUUUCCUGCAUGUCGACACUGUCAAUUUGACAAUUUAUGCAUCUAGAGUAGGAUUAUUAGGACAAACGAAGGCUGGCUGAGAGAGCUUGCUGAUCAGAAUCGAAAGGUGCCAAGAUGC